GGAAGUUCUUUAAAGAGCAGAACUACACGAUUAUCUGUUGUGAUGCCGGACUGCGGGAAGACGGCUGACACUGUAGAGGAGAUGCGAGCUUAACUUUUAAGUAAACUUUCUCGGAAGGAUAUCGUGUCAUUAGUGUUCCCCACCAAACCAAAAUGUACAUAUGUGUCCGAAUAUGGCUUCUCCUCCUUGUUCUUCACGCACAGGCUCUUGCUGUUGUCGCAAGAAAAGCGAGGAGAAAUGUCCUUUUCAUCAUGGCAGAUGAUUUGCGGACAUCAUUGGGCUGCUACAGAGACUCUGUGGUAAAAUCGCCAAACAUUGACCAACUGGCAUCCAAAAGCCAAGUUUUUGUCAAUGCAUAUGCCCAGCAAGCUGUGUGUGCUCCCAGUCGCACGUCCAUGUUAACUAGUCGCAGACCAGACACCACCAGGCUCUAUGACUUCAAGUCCUACUGGAGAGUCCAUUCUGGAAACUACUCUACUCUGCCUCAGUACUUUAAAUCUAGAGGGUACUUUACCAUGUCUGUGGGCAAGGUAUUUCAUCCAGGUAUUGCCUCUAACCACACUGACGACUACCCCUACAGCUGGUCCAUCCCUGCCUACCACCCAGCUUCGUUUAGAUAUGAGAAAGAAAAGAUGUGCAAAGGGGAGGAUGGGAAACUCCACGCCAACCUACUGUGUGCAGUGAAUGUGACAGAGCAGCCUGGGGGAACCCUCCCUGACCUGGAGAGCACAGACGAGGCAGUGAGGUUACUGAAGAGUCGGGCCAACAGUGAUGAUCGUUUCUUCUUGGCUGUGGGCUUUCACAAACCACACAUACCCUUCAGGAUACCACAGGAGUACCUGAGUCUAUAUCCCAUAGACCAAAUGACUCUGGCCCCCAACCCUGAUGUCCCUAAACUCCUUCCACCUGUGGCCUACAACCCCUGGAUGGAUGUGAGGAAGAGAGACGAUGUCCAGAAACUCAACAUUAGCUUCCCCUACGGACCAAUCCCUAAAGACUUCCAGCUGUGUAUCCGUCAGCACUAUUACGCUGCUGUGUCUUAUAUGGACGCUCAAGUUGGGCGGCUGCUCAGUACUCUUGAUGAGCUGGGGCUGGCUGACAGCACUAUGGUGGUGUUCACCUCAGAUCAUGGUUGGUCGUUAGGAGAACACGGCGAAUGGGCUAAAUAUUCUAAUUUUGAUGUGACAACACGCGUCCCCCUCAUCUUUUAUGUUCCUGGUGUCACCACACUCCGUCAUAGGCUGAGAGAGCCUACCUUUCCCUUUAUUGAUGUCCUCACCCAAUCAGAGCUCAGCUUUAAGAAUGACAAAGUUAUAACAAACAUGGUGGAACUGGUGGAUGUUUUUCCUACCGUCUCCUACCUGGCUGGCCUCAGAGCACCUCGACCUUGUCCAGAUGUUUCUUUCCAGGAGGAGUUGUGUACAGAAGGAGAAAACCUGGCCUACACCUUCAGACACAGAGAAAGAGGAGAGGAUGAGGAAGCCAUAUCUUAUAGCCAGUACCCUCGACCAGCUGAUACACCACAGGUGAACUCUGACCUCCCUGACCUUAAAGACAUAAAGGCCAUGGGGUAUUCUCUACGCUCCUGGGACUAUAGAUACACUCUCUGGCUGGGAUUCAACCCUAAAACAUUUCAGGUGAAUGUAUCCGAUGUCCACGCUGGAGAGUUGUACAUGUUGGCAUGCGACCCUGCUCAGGACAACAACAUCUAUUCUGACUCUGACCACAGUGUGAUAAUGACAAAGAUGGCCAACCUGCCUCAUACUGUGAGUCUGCAGAUGAGAAUGAAGCUGCAGCUCCUCUACCUCACAGCAGGGAUGAAAACGAGUAGAAGUAUGACAAGACUAAAACACAACAGAUAUACAGAUGGUAACGAGUUUAAAGGGACGAUGGAUGGAUGAAAAACUUAAUCUAGAAAGGGAAAAUGCCUUGAAUAUUUCUUAUAAUAUAAUGCAUACUUGAUUCAGUAUUAUGUGGUAUCACUAUUAAUCAUUCAGGUUCAGUUCUUCAGGCUAAUGUUCCUUGUUAAGAACUCAUUUGUAGGCAGAUCUGGGCUCAACACAUGAGCAAAGUAAAUAAGAAAGCACUUGUGCCGUUUCUUUCAAGAUAUUUCCCCCUUUAAGUUUGUUUUUGACAAAGAGAAAACAUCCAUAUGUGCUCAGAUACAUCUCAACACAACUUCUGUUUUUCAUUGUCUGGCCUCUUCACAUCUGCCACUGACGCCUGCGUAAACUUGAUCAUUCUCUUGUGAGAAGAAAGUGUCAGUCAAAUUUUUACAUGAUUCCAAUUUUAGCUGCCAGGCGACAGAUUUCUGAUUCUCUACAGCAGUUCAACAAAUAGUUUGACAUUUUGGGAAAUUAGCUUAUUCCCUUUGUUUCGGAGAGUAAGAUGUAGUGAUCAAUACCACUCAUGUCUGUACGCCAAAUAUAUAGCUAGCCUUCUGGCUGGCAUGCAAUUAGCUUAGCUUAGCAUCAAGACUGGAAGCAGGGGAAACAGCUGGCCUUGCCCUUUUUAAAGCUCACUCAUUGACAUGAUUAUCUAAGUUUCCAGGAACUCUCUGCACCCAGGCAGAAAGUUCCAGCACUUAAGUUUUGAUUUUAGGGAGAGUUGUCGUUUUUACGUUUUCUGUUUGUGUACAAACAAGCAAGAUAAAACUUGUUAAUUUGUCAAAUUUAGUGGUUCUGGUUGGAGUUACUUUGAAACGUUUCGGACCCAGGCUAGCACCUUCCUCCAGCUUCCAGUCUUUAUGCUAAGCUAAUUCCCAGCUGGCUCGUAUUUAGCAUACAGACAUGAGUGGUAUAGAUCUUCUUCUAAUGUGACUCUGCAAAAAAACCCCAACAGAUUUCCCCAAACUUCUGAACAACUCCUUUAACACAUCUACUUCACACUGCACAGACCUCUGAGCAGCGGAACCAGGCAGCCUUUUUUCAGACAACUUUACUAGGAAGCAUGAACUCCUGAUUGACACAUCUGAUUGGCUGUGACAGUACUGACUCCUUACAUCACAUUUUACAAGAUGUUAUCUGCUAAGAAGUGUUUUCAUCUUAAGGAAUAUUGAGGAAACCUGAAGAAUUAGCCCUUUUGAUUAAUAGCAACACCAGUUUCUCUCUUUGGAACAAGUGCUCUUGAGCGUACUAUUGAUCAUCCAGUCUGCUUCAGGUGGAGUCUACUCACUUUGAAGUACAACAGCUAAAAGGGACUUGCUCAGUUUUGUACUGUAGUGUUAAACAAUAUGACAUUUCUAUUUGCACUUGAUGUCACUUGCAGCUAUUUGCCUCCCUCCUUGUAAACAGUCAGUUCAGAUCAAUUUGUGGACCCAAAAUGAAGUGAGUAAAAGGAACCCAUAAUAAUUCAAUGCAAAUGAAAAGUGUAGCUACGUUUUACUGCUGUUCCAAUGCAUGAACAUUUUGUGCUGUGGCAAUUUAGAAGAAAGCAAUUUCAGCUUGAAUUUCAGGGCCAACAAUGAAUCGACGGGAUUUGGUCUGUCAACCUUUAUUGUAGGCUGCACUGGCUUCAUGUUAAUGGGAUGCAGAUGAAUCAUGUAAUCAGUGUGGUUCUAUCAUGUCAGGAUGUUGACAAAUUGAAAGAUGGAAUUGAAUUAGCUCAUUUUUUGUGUGUAUUUCUUCCCCUCUUGACCACAUUGUAUUUGACAUUUUUCAGUGGUUUGCUGGUGUCCCUGUGUCCUGUAACAUAUUUAACAUCUGGAACAAUGGACACGACCAGUAAUAUAAACUGCCCAUACGGAUACUGAUGAUGGGGGGAAAAUGAGCUUAUCCUUGAGUUUGGUUGCGUCAGAGCAGCUUCGAGCCUGAGCUCCAGCUUUUUUGAAGGGGAAAAUAAAAAAUAAAUGCUGCAGAAAUAAUUCAAAUCUCGAGCUUGGCAAGGACAUACUGUUAAUAUAUUUAUGUCUGUUUCGAUUGGUUUCUAUAAAAAUAAAAAAUAAAAUUUCCAGCAAAA